AUUGCGGAUUAGAUUCUUAAGUAGCUUAUCGUAAUGGAUUCUGUCCAUCUAGUUCGGUUUAUCUAUCACCAGUUAUUUCGUCUACUUUUCAUGCAACUGUUAGCGCUAGCCCGAUUCAAUAUCUGAAUACCGAAUGCCUACUGUUUUGUCGAAGAAAGUUGAAAAUAUCUCGGAGCGCGCACGUACAUAGCGUUGUAAAUAAAGGGGAUAAAGCCCGCUGGGAAGAGAGUGAGACGGUCACAGAUGUAGAGGAUAGAAAGAAAGAUGAAGCGGCGUGGUCGGACAGAAAUAGAAAAGCAGCACGAAAAUCAUUUAGUCGUGGCCAACGUGUAUCUAAUCCCCCCAGUUUCGAGCAUUGUUUCUCUAUCUUAAUUCGGUGUGCAAAUAAAAUGACGCGCGUCCCGAUAAGAUCUUCCUUGAAAAGUCGAGAUUCCAGUUCGUCGAUGACCGAUCCGGAUCUCAGGGAACGAAUAAAGGAUUAUUGCCGAAAAUUUGUCGCCUUCAUGUGCACUCAGGUUGGCGUCGGUGGACUAGUGGUUGGUUACGCCAUAAUAGGUGCUUUCGGUUUUAUGAUGAUAGAGUCUCAGAGCCAAAUUCCAUCGACAGUCUGCAUUCGGGAACUAAUCAGGAAACAAUUCGCCGAAGAGCUGUGGCUCAGUACUGCCAGCAAUCGGACUAUAAAUAUCUUCGAUAAAACGACAUUUCACACGGUGUCUAACCGAAUUCUGCGUCGUUACCAAGACAACUUCACCGGCGACUACAGGAAAGAGAACUGUAGUGGCUUAACGGCAACUGAUCUGUGGUCCUUUCCAGCAGCCAUGAUGUUCUGCCUUUCUGUGUUCACGAUGAUCGGUUAUGGGACUCUGGUGCCUCAAACUCCCUGGGGAAAGGCGGUUACAGUUAUUUACGCCGUGUUAGGAAUUCCUCUUUACGUUCUGUAUUUCCUUAACAUGGGCAAGGUAUUAGCGCAAACGUUCCGCUCGCUGUACACGUGGCUGCACGAGUGCACCGGCAAACGAAAGCCUGGCCAGAGGAUCACGGUGCCGUCGACAGCGUGCCUCUGGGUAAUAUUCGGAUACGUGCUAAGUGGUUCGAUAAUGUUCGCCGAAUGGGAAGGCUGGAAUUAUUUGGAUAGCGCUUAUUUUUGCGUAACGUCGCUCUGCAAAAUUGGAAUGGGCGAUCUCGUGCCUGGGUGGACACACGGCGAUCUAACCGCUGAUAGCCAAACCAAAUUGAUAAUAAAUUUUGUUUACUUGUUGCUCGGUAUGGGACUGAUCGCUAUGUGUUAUGACUUGAUGAAAGAGGAUGUUUACGUGAAAGCUCGAGAAAUGAAAGAACAGUUCCUGGAGAUUGUCGAUGCCACUCAUUACCAGCUCGAAAUGUGCUGCAAAUCAGAAGUACUGAAUUAAUUCUAAUGAACACUUUUGUCGUUAAACAAUUAAGCACGAACGUGCUUUUUUCAGAAAGAUCUCUUUUUAUCUGUAAAUAUAGUUCCAGUUCUCUUUCCGCUGUA